CAAAAAGAAACGCUUACAAAUUAACAACAUGAAAUUUGCUAUUGUUCUAGUCGCCUGCCUUUUGGCCUUCACCUAUGCCAAUGAAGAAGCCGAUAUCGUCAAGGCCGAUUCCGAAGUCAAUGUUGAAGAUUUCAAAUAUGCCCUUGAAUUGACCAACCACAUCAAGGCUUCCCAAGAAGGACAUUUGCAGGAUAAGGAUAACUGGGUCGUUAAAGGCGAAUACGAAUAUAUCUCCAAGGAAGGCAAACCCAUUAAGGUUACCUACACUGCUGAUGACCAUGGCUAUCAUCCCGUCGUUGAACAAUAAGAAGUUUGAUGGUUGUUAAU